GCUCUAUUCUUGUUGUUUACUAUUACAGCGUGCAUUCGCAAACCCCAUGACCCUUGCACAUAUGGCUGCUGAACGCUAAAUCAUACUGGUGACCUCGCGCUAAUUCAAGUGAAUCCCAGCCAAUUCGUUGCAAACUCGCAAGAAGCUCUCCUCGGAAGAAGUUAUUCAAACUUGCGGGGAAUCUAUCGUCGAUCGAUUGACAGCCUGCUACAUUGCGUUGCAUCCGGCGCUUGAUUCCUAGUAAAUGCAUCUUCUCUCAUUUCUGAGUCUGGAUAGUCUGCACCUGGAAUGGUAGUAUUCGCCUCAUGGGUUCUCACUGGGACCCUGGCAAUAAAAGGCCCUUCGACUUGUUCCUAACCUCAGGCUUCGUUCGCUCUUUCACAGCUACAGCCAUGUCACACUCCAAAGUUUACCUGAGUGACAUUGCCCCAAGGCCUCGCUGGAUGACCUCUUGGGAGAGGCUCAAACACAGGGAAGCACACUGGCUCGUGGAAAUCGUUGCAGAAAUGAUGGGGGUGUUUCUUUACGUCUAUGCGGGUCUGGGAGCCACUGCUGCAUUUAUUGUAGGAUCUCUCGCAGGGAAUAGUGGAUUGGGAUCAUUAUAUACGAUUGGUUUCGCCUACUCCAUGGGCGUCGUGUUUGCCAUCUCACUUUGUGCCGCGACCUCAGGAGGUCACUUCAAUCCAGCCGUCACAAUUGCAUCGGUUAUCUUCCGAGGCUUUCCCAUACACAAAGCAACCAGAUAUAUCAUAGCACAGAUUCUGGCAGGUUACAUCACCUGCUUGAUCGUCUAUGUCCAAUGGAAAGAUUUGCUCCUGGCUGCAGAGAAGAUCCUGGUUGAAAAAGGCUUGUACCACAGCAUGAUGUUCUCCAGCGCUGGGCCAGCCGGUGUGUUCGGUCUAUAUGUCACCCCUGGGACGAACCUGGCCCGCGUGUUUAUGAAUGAAUUUGUCACUGACUUCCUCAUCGGCCUUGUCAUUUGGGCCACCCUGGACCCCACGAACCAGAUGAUCCCACCAGCAGCCGCACCUUGGCUCGUCGGGAUGGCAUAUGCCGUUGCAGUCUGGGGGUACUCGCCUACCGCAAUCGCCGCCAACACCGCCCGUGAUGUCGGUGGACGCCUCAUGGCCAUAACCAUCUGGGGAAGCCGAGCCUCAGGAGGGACAUAUGCAGCUGUCGCCGCGCUGACGAAUAUCCCAGCCACGAUUCUCGCCGCUCUGGUGUAUGAGCUGUUCUUGGGAUCUGCAACGCGGACGCUUACACCGCACCACAUUCAUUUCCUCCGCGCUCACAAACAGUACUACGAGGACAACAAACUCGCACCAUACGGGUACCUCGAAGGGCUUAACCCACGACGCGGCGACCGAGCGGAAUCAUUCGAAUUAGACAUGGGGGGGAAAGCGCGAGAGAUCCGGAUCGACAAUAUAUCUGAAGACCGUGUUUAGAAUCGAUGGGCAACGAGGCUCUCGAGGGAACACCGCUUGUACGUACUAAAUUAUAAGACGUGCAUGAUGAUACUUUUGUAUGACCAAUAAUCAGUUUCGAAGUCUUGUAAAGUUAGUGUGUUUGACAUACAUUGCCCAAUCCAUGAUGUUCGCCGUGCA